GUUGACUCGGCAAACGGGAGGAGAGGAGAGGAGAGGAGAGGUGGUGCCCCAAGUCACCAACCAUUCCGGCGGCGGCGACCGAGAUGGAGAGCCCGCCGGUGCGGUGGCCGCCGGGGUUCCGCUUCAGCCCGACGGACGAGGAGCUCGUGCUCUACUUCCUCAAGCGCCGGAUCGCCACCGGCCGCCCCACCCCCUACAUCGCCGAUGUCGACGUCUACAAGUCCCACCCGUCUCACCUCCCCGAUAGGUCGGCGCUGCGGACGGGGGACAAGCAGUGGUUCUUCUUCAGCCGGAUGGACCGCAAGUACCCCAACGGCUCCCGCGCCAGCCGCACCACCGGCGAAGGGUACUGGAAGGCCACGGGGAAGGACCGCUGCAUCUGCAACGGCGGCGCCUCGGGGCGGGCGGUGGGGAGCAAGAAGACCCUCGUGUACCACCACGGCCGCGCGCCGCGUGGGGAGCGCACGGACUGGGUCAUGCACGAGUACACCAUCCUCGCCGACGCGCUCCCGCCGGCCGCGCGGGACCGCGAGGCGUUCGCGCUGUACAAGCUGUUCCACAAGAGUGGGGCGGGGCCCAAGAACGGCGAGCAGUACGGCGCCCCCUUCCGGGAGGAGGAUUGGCUCGACGACGAGGAGGAGGAGAUUGCUGCUGCGGAGACUGACCGUCCGGCCGCAACCACGACUAGUGGUAGAGCUGCAACAGUGGAGGAGCUGACUGACUUUGAGUUUUCGAGUGAGGAUCUUGAUGUUCUCCUUAUGCAGAUUGGAAAUGAGCAGGAAAUAAUCGAAGAUCCGCGGUCGGAUUUAUCAACUCCUGUUUCUUGCCAAGUUCAGAUUCAGCAUGGUAUUCAUCAAGGUUGGCUCAAUGAUGAUUUGGGAAAGUCUGAUGCUGCGGAUGCUACGACUAGUGGCAGUGCUUUGUCGAUGGCAGAGAAUGCGGGCACUGAACUCCCCAUUAAUGGUCUCGAGCAACUUCUGAUGCAAAUAUCAGACGAUCAACAGACCGUUGAAAUGUUCUCUGGUUUUUCAACAUCCAUUCCUCAAUUUCAGCUUCAACAUGAGGAGCGUCAGGUCGGUGUUCACAGUGAGGAGAUUGGUCUUGCAGACUCUACUAGUGUUAUUAGUGCUGUGGUGACAGCAGAAUGUACUGGUCCUGAGCUUCGGGAUAUUGAAGGGCUUUUGAUGCAAACAGAAAAUGACCAGGAAAAUGCUGAAUCACUGCCAGAUUUAUCCACACCAGCUCCUCUCCAUGGCUGUCAUCAGGUUGCCUCUGGAGAUUUCCAAGGAAGCCAGCAGGCUACAUUCAGUAUUGCAAAUCUUUCUACUAUGGUUCAGGAAAUCCCAAAGUUUGAUCUGCAAACUGGUCCAAGUAAUCAAAUAGCCCAGUCUAUUCUCACCACUGAGCCGAUGAGUGGAGAAACAAAUACUGAUGAAGAAACAAGUGCUCUACGCUCUAUGUCAGGAUUGAGCAGUUAUGACAGGCAGGAUGCUGAUGAUGAAUUCCUUGAAAUUAAUGAUUUCUUUGACCCAAAAGAUCUAGAAUAUAUUAUGGGCAACACAACAAGUCAGAACUUGAUUCCUACAGACGAUGGAGUGUUUGAUAGUUUGAAAUACUCUGAUGCCCCGAUAUUCCUGCCUGGUUCAUUUGACACAACUGGAGUGGUGGCUGAAAACCAAUAUGUUGAAUGUGGUGCUAGUGGAAUACAUAACCAGGAAUUUCCGCAUACAACUGAAUCAUGGACACAUAAUCAAGUUGCUCUAAAUGUGCGGAGCCAUAUGAAUGACAACCAUGUUGUCUUUUCCUCGCAUCGAUCAGAUACUUCCAUUAUUCAUACAGUGAAUGAGGAACCACCUAACCGGAGUUCAAAUACUUCACAAUCAUGGUUCAAUGCGGCUUUAUCUUCUUUGCUGGAUUCUGUUCCUAGCAGUCCAGCUAUGGCUGCUGAAAAUAUAGGUCUUAACAGAACACUGCAACGCAUUUCGAGCUUUAGGUCACAGCAAACUGCAAGAGAAGAAGUUAGCACCACUGUUAUUCACACCAGAAGAAGAGGUGGUGGGCUUAUUCUCAUUUCAUUAGUGGUUUUAUUUGCUGCUAUCAUGUGGACCUUUACCAACGGGUCUUCACCCAAGCUUUGCAAGGGGUUGUGGUAGUUUUCCUCCACAUUAUAGGAUGUAUAGUGACCUUUCCCCGGUUAUCCUGGUGGUCAAUCCUCCUUACAACUUUUAUCCUCAAGCACUAAUUCUUGUUUUGCUAUCCUUUCCUUUAUCCCUUCCCAUUGAAAAGGGCGACAAGGUAGGAAAACAUUAGAGGAUUUGAGUUAAGGUGUUAGCUAGUAGUUAACUUUUAGAAUAUUAUGCGAGAGAUAUGAAAACAAAACAAAAUGAGAAAAAGAACGGCAAGUUUGGUUUCGUUUCGCCAAGAAAUAUCGGAUGUAAACUUCUUGGUUAUUGUCCUUAUCUUUUUUAUGAAAGUGUAUAUUGGAUGUAAUUACACAACGAAUAACUAUUGAGAAAGCGGUUGCUGUGCAUAGCA